AUGACUGAGGACGCAUGCCGGACCCGAGGCCAGAAACGGGCGCCUGAGCGGGACCCAACUGAGGAUGAUGCUGAUGGCAAGAGACUAAAGAUGGAUGGAGGACUGGUGGCCUCAGAUUCCACAACAGAGGCUGACAUGGUAGUACGGGCUGAAUCAGGCACAGUCCUGGUCCCAGCGCUGCCCAGAGCUGGUGAGACAGGUGAAGGGCAGGCAGCUGAUGGACCUGUGGACAUGCGUACUUCGCAGAGUGAUGUGAAGGCUGAGAGGAGAGCGCCCUCACCCGAUGUGAUUGUGCUGUCAGAUGGUGAGCAGCCAGCCAGCCCACGGGUGAACGGACUGACGAGAGUGUCACUUAUGGAGACCAGCACUGAAGCCCUCAUGAAAAGUAGUCCUGAAGACAGAGAAAGGAUGAUUAAGCAACUAAAAGAAGAGUUAAGAUUAGAAGAAGCAAAACUCGUUUUGCUGAAAAAAUUGCGCCAGAGUCAGAUCCAGAAAGAAACCACUGCUCAGAAGCCAACUGGCUCCUCUGUGAACUCCGUGACCACCCCUCCCCCACUCGUUCGAGGCACCCAGAACAUUCCUACUGGCAAGCCGUCACUACAGGCCUCUUCAGCUCGCAUGCCUGGAAGUGUCAUCCCACCACCCCUGGUCCGUGGAGGACAACAGGCAUCUGUGAAACCAGGAUCACAGUCCAACGCCCAAGUUGUCAUGCCCCCACUUGUCCGUGGGGCCCAGCAAAUACACAAUAUCCGACAGCAUUCUGGAACAGGGCCACCUCCACUGCUGCUGGCACCCCGGGCGUCCGUGCCCAGUGUGCAUAUCCAGGGGCAGAGGAUCAUCCAGCAGGGCUUGAUCCGGGUUGCCAAUGUGCCCAAUGCCAGUCUGCUUGUCAACAUCCCUCAGGCCUCUCCAGCAUCUCUGAAAGGGGCAGUGGCCACCUCUGCCCAAGCAAGCACCACCACCACAGGCACUGUCGCUGCAACUGCUCCUGGGGAUUCUCCGGCCAGCCGCCAGGCAGCCGCCAAGCUUGCACUGCGCAAACAAUUGGAGAAGACGCUGUUAGAGAUCCCCCCACCCAAGCCCCCUGCUCCUGAGAUGAGUUUCCUUCCCAGUGCUGCCAACAAUGAGUUCAUCUACCUGGUGGGUCUGGAGGAGGUAGUACAGAACCUGUUAGAGACGCAAGGGAAAGUGUCAGCUGCUUCAACACUGCGGUCUCGAGAGCCCUACACGUGUGCACAGUGCAAGACAGACUUCACGUGCCGCUGGCGGGAGGAGAAAGGUGGCGCCAUCAUGUGUGAGACCUGCAUGACCUCCAGCCAGAAGCGAGCACUGAAGGUUGAGCACACGAGCCGCCUGAAGGCCGCCUUCGUGAAGGCGCUACAGCAGGAACAGGAGAUGGAGCAGCGGCUGCUGCAGCAGGGUUCACCAGUGCAGGUCAAGGCAGAGUCCACCACAGCACCACACCCCGCGCUGAAGCAGGUCAUUAAACCCCGGCGUAAGGCGGCGUUCCGUUCAGGAGAGGCCCGGAACUGGACUAACGGGGCCGAGCUACAGGCCUCCAGUCAGCUGUCCCGGGGCCCUGCUGCAGCACCUCGAAAUGUCCUGCAUACCUUCAGCCAGUCCCCCAAACUACAGAAUGCAGCUGCAGCCCUUGCAACCAGGACUGGCAAACAUUCCGAGAGGACUGUGGGUGCCAGCAAGGGCAACACCACCCCUGGUUGGAAGAAGGCAGCCCUGAGCGCAGGUGGGGCCCUCACCUUCGUCAGCCCAGGUCUCACAGUUCACAAGGCGUCCUCAGCUGUAGACCGCCAGCGCGAGUACCUCCUGGAUAUGAUCCCACCACGCUCCAUCCCCCAGUCGGCCACAUGGAAAUAG